CUCUAAGAUCAGCUUUGUUUGGAAACUAGGAAGGGAGGGAGGGAGAGAGGGUAAAAGUGGUGGAGAAAGAGAAAAGGGAAAAACGAAUAAUUUCGUUUCUUUGUUUGGUUAGGUUAAUUUGUCAUUUAUAUUUUUCUCUCUCUAUCAAUCAAAAUAUUUAUGUUUGAGUAGAAAACAAAAUGUGUCCGUCUUCUUAUAUUAGAUUUUCUCUUCUUUAAAAACAAGAAUGUCCUUUCUUUUAGAAGGGUCGGCUUAGAGACAAGCAAAACCUCUGCCAAAAUUUUAAGCAUUGCAUCUCCUUAAGUCCAGUAAGUUCAAUCUCUCAUGUGCAUUUCCUGCCUAAGAGGCUUGCUUAUUUAGAAAAUAUUGGAAAAUGAUUCGUAACCCAAAAGUUAAAUGUUUUAGAGAGUGCACACCAACUGUUUGAUAAUUUGCUCCGACGUUGAUGAAACACCUCACCAUGGAAAUGAUGCUCACUUUCCCUGUAAAAAUCCAACUCCAAAGCAACAAGUGCACUUUCCCUCUCCACUCAGAUUUCUUACCCGGUAAAAGCAGAGACCAUUAUUUCUCUAAAUCCAGCAAAUUCCCCAAGAAAAAUACCAUUUCUGUUUCUACCUCUAUUACUUGCUCUAAUCCAGGGCCUCACAAACUAGUCCGAGAUCGCAAGUUGGACAAACAUGUCGUCAAGAACAACAAUAUUCGGUUCGUUCAGAAGCUUAAAACACUGCUACUUUCAAAACCAAAGCAUUUCAUGCCUAUCAAUGUUCUUUCAAAAUGUAGGGGCUAUUUAACCCUCUCAAAACCUCGGUCUAUUCUUUCGAUGAUUCAUCGUUAUCCGACAAUCUUUGAGCUCUUCACUAUACCAACACCUCCUACUCCAUACAACGCCACGAAACCACUUUCUCAGCUGUGUGUUCGCCUCACUCCAGCUGCUGCUGCCCUGUUUCGUAAAGAAUUGGAACUGAAAUCUGCCGUGUCAGUUCUUUUGGCUGCUAAGUUACAGAAGCUUCUAAUGCUCACGACCCAUCAUAGACUAUUACUGUCCAAGCUAGUUCAUAUUGCACCUGAUCUUGGUUUGCCUGUUAAUUUCCGUUCUCGCCUUUGCAAUGAGUACCCUGAUAAGUUUCGUGUUGUGGAUACUUCUUAUGGUCGUGCCCUUGAGCUUGUUUCUUGUGAUCCAGCUCUAGCGAAUGCUUUACCAUCUCGUGCAGUUGACCAUGUUUCACUAGGAUUGAUUGUAGAUAGACCAUUAAAGUUCAAGCAUUUGAAACUUCGAAGGGGACUUAAUUUGAAGAGGCGGCAUGAGGAGUACCUUAUAAUGUUUAAAGAAUUACCGGAUGUGUGUCCGUAUAAAACAAAAGUAAAAGAUUUCUAUAAAGAAUCGAUCAAUGCAGAAAAGAGGGCUUGUGCAGUGGCGAGGGAAGUUUUGGGAAUGAUGGUUGAGAAGAGGACUUUGGUUGAUCACUUGACACAUUUUAGGAAGGAGUUUGGCUUGCCUAACAAAUUAAGGGCUAUGCUGAUUAGGCACCCUGAGUUAUUCUAUGUGAGUGUGAAGGGGCAGAGAGACUCUGUCUUUCUAGUAGAAGGCUAUAAUGAUAGAGGCAAACUAUUGGAGAAGGAUGAAAUGCUGGUCAUAAAAGAUCAGCUGAUGAAACUUGUUAGGGAGGGGAAGAGAAUGAGAAGAGAAAGAAGGAAGGCUUUUGCCAAAGGUGACGUGAACGAGUAUUGCAAGAAUCGUCAAGAUGAUGAUGAAGUUGAAGACGACAACUACUUUGAACAAUUUGAUGGUUUAGAUGAAUUGUUUGAAUAUGAAAAUUCUGAUUCAGAGAAAGGUAUAGAUGAUGAUGAUGAUGAUGAUGAUGAUGAUGAUGGAGAUUUUGGUUCUAAGGAUGGCUCUGACUAUGAUGAAAACAUCGAAUUAUGGGCUAUCCGAGAUGAAACACAGUUCUGGACAACUGAGGCGCAUACUUGUAUGCAAAAUGAGAUCGCAGGAAGUUCAGGACCUUGGUAGACUGACUCCAUUGAAGCACUUCCUAUUCUACUGACUAGGACUUGUAGUUAAUAUAUAUGUAAAGAUUGUACUUGUCGCUUCUUGUUUCUGAAGGUAUUAUUUUCUUUUCCAACGGUAUUUAUUUAUUUAUCAAGAACAUAGUAUUUAAAGUCCAA